AUCAAAGAUCAGCCGAGCUUCACUUUUAGGCCGGGAAUGUUGUGGGCAUUUGCUGAAUGUGUGCCUGGUUAUUUAGAUAGGAAUUUCGUGCCUGUAGCUUGCUCGAUCCGUAGCUGCUACAACAAGCAUCCAUCCUCAGAGUCAUCGGUUCAAAUAAGUGGAUAACACGAGAUAAUCAUGCAAGUACCUGUAAUCAUAUGUGAUUUCUCAUAUCAUAUUCGUGUUUACCUGUAGACUACGUUUUCUCCUUUAUUAUAAGAUUGUAGUAACUGUGUAAAGCAUCCUGCAACAUAGACCCGUGGGAGAAAGAGCGCAAGUUUGGACGUUGUGUGGACUGCGAGGAACGGACAAGAGAAGUCAACGGGGAAAAAAAGCAUCUUAUCGUUACCAAGUUGUUAUGGGACCAACCAAUUCAGACUGUCAACAGGGAUUAUCUUCCGCCCAGAUUUUACAGUUGCAAACAGAGCACAUAGAAGUUGGUCCCAUGGUACUCUAUCUCUGUAUACAAAGAAGCGAAAGCCGCGUGCUUCACUUCGCAGAGCCAGAAAAGUGCAACGGCGCCACAUACAUAGAGAUGCUACAGGUGUUGCUGAUUUAGUAACUGACCUCGAAAGCGCGUUCGGUCUUCCAAAGGUAAGCCCUGUGUAAUUGACACGCAGCCAGUGCAAAGUACAGUUUAAAGUGUACACUCAGGGCAAUAUAUUCAUUCAGCUGUUGAGAUAGAUUUUGGCAGUCCACCAUCCUAUGAAACACAGUACCGCAGUGUAAGUUGGCAGAUUUUCUACGGAGAUAACUGAUUAAAUGAACAGAACCGAACAGAAAGAAAUUUUGGAGUACUGAGCAAUUUAUGAGGGCCGGUUCCCUGCACACAUAGGGAUACAGUCGUAUCUCUCCCUCCAGAACUCCGUGUCUUCUGUAUGUCGGCCUCGCAUGGUGUCAUGGUUGGAUUGCUCACUCAGCUCAAGCGGGUAUUCUUCAGUUCACCUUCUGCAAUUAGAUUUCGUUUAUGCCACGAGAUGAAGGACAAUGCGAACAUAUAUGGGAUCUUCCGAACAUGACAAGGGUCUUGCCUACAGAUGCAACAAGAAGACCACAAUGGCAAGAAUCAAAGCUCUCUGAGACCAUACAUAGUCAAUUGGUUUAAGUAAUCCUGAAUCGUUGGCCCACAUCCUUCGCUAGGUCCGGAAGCCGGAAGAAAUGAACAAAAGUAUUCCGUUGAUGACGCAGAAAAGACUGUACCCUUCUGCUUCUCCAUGAAUAUCUGAGAAGAGAUCUGUCGCUUGGACGAGUGGCUUAACAAGUUAAGAGAGGGCGGCCACUAGAAACCUGAGAAACGACGGAAAGAAGGCGAGGAAGGAGACUGGUCAUGUCUGUAGAUUCACGUAUCAGGAUUGGGUGUGUUUGGAUAUGAGAGAGACAGAGACAGAGAUGCAAACUCGACGACGGCUAGUAGAUGAGAAUGAGCGAGUUGUACGACUGGACAAAAAUUUUGUCUCAGGAGAUUGAGGAUGACCUAUAGCCAGCCUUACACCUCGCUGCAUCUUGUACCGGAUACGGCCAUGAAUAAGACGAGGGCAAGUAUCUUGUAUGGCCUUUUGGACGAACAUGUGUACGAAGAAUUGUGACGAAGAAUGAGCUCUACAAAUCCUCUCCAAUGAGUAAUAGCAGUUGCAGCAGCAGCUUUGACAGCGCCGGUUUUGUAGACGCCAAUGACAUUGCAGAUUCUCAUAUGGACAGCACGGAUGCCUGCGAAGAGAUUCCGGUCAACCUUCAAGCUUUGAUACUUUCAUUUCUGCCCUGGCGUGAGCUUUUGCGUUUGCGAGUUGUGUGUAAGAAGUGGAAUAAGCUUCUCAGAAGUAGAGAUUUCAAAAAGAGGUGGCGUGGUGCGGAUCCAGAUCAAAUCCCGUUUUGCUUCGCUGACUGCAAAUAUGGGAAUAGCCUCUACAAUCCUGCGGCCGGCAAUUGGAGUUGCUACUCUCCUGCAUUCUACACAAUUCAGAACGAAGACGGAUCGCACUAUAAGGUGGAGAAUGUUCGCGUGAUGGGUGCAGCACAUGGACUCCUUUUACUGCAGGUUCUUCAGCCUUGGGUCUUGGCCAUUCCAUCUCUUCCUACUGUAAGGCAUGACUUGUUCAUCAUGAAUCCCCUCGAUCCUCUGCAAAAAACACGAAUUCCUCUCUUGCCUGAACUUCGCCACCCAUACACAGCCAUCCCUCUGGGAAUGGUGUGGAAUGAGAUUACGAAAUCGCAUUGGAUCGUCGUCCAACAUCAACCAGAUCCGACCAUCGGCACUACCGGAAGGGCGGGAAGCAAGAUCUCUACAUUUCAUAGGUACGAUGUGGGAGUCGACGAGUGGGAUCGAGUUGCGAAAUGGCCGAUAAACGAAGCCACACAUUUCCAGCAACCUUCGGUUAAGGAAGGCCGAUUGUUCUGCUUGGGAGCGCCGACCAAGUCCACCUGGUCCGAUACAUCUUCCCCGACGUGGUCGCGGGAUAGGUUUUGCGCUUUCGGGCUUGACAGAUUCGAGGAGAACUGGAUGGUGGAGCCUCCGCCGCCUCAGCCUCUCCACUUCGCAACUCUCUUCCAUCGAGGCGGCCGAUGCUUCGUUGCAGGAGGCAAGGUGGCUCCCAGUGCACCGGCCGGGUCCACGACCUUAAAGGACUUCCGCAUCUGGGCUUCGAAGCCAUGGCACAGCGGUCGAUCGUUUGAUCUGAGGAAUUGUUCCAGCAACAACGAUCACUGGAUCGAGAUUCAGAGAAUGCCGGAUAGCAUAAUGGACAAACUCAACGGUGUCAACGAUCGCGACGGCAAACGCAGAGGAACGAACAAUUUCUGCACACUGGCGCUGACAAGCUUACAACAGUUCACGUGCACGUCCAACGGCAACUUCGUCUGCGUUGCCAAUUCUCGGGCCUCUGUGGCUAUGCUCAACCUGAAGACCAAGCUUUGGAAGAUGCUGCCGACGCCUAUUUUCGUAGACGAUGAAACGCAGUCACGGACGGAGAGAUACGUAUGGUUCAAAACUCAUUAUCGCGGCCUCUGGAACCUCCUCGACUUUCAUCUUUGCGAGCCCCGAGUCGAUGUCACUUUGCCCGACAGGCCCUUCAAGGAUAGAACAUGCAUGUCGCAGUACUAGACUUCUUCGCUAUCUAAACCUUUUUCAUGUACGUUAACGAUGUUUUUACGAUCACAAUUGCAAAUUAUUGUGAUCGAAUGUCGUCGCUUGAUCGACCCACUUGAUGAUAGAUCUUAAUGAUAGAAUUUGAUGUGAGAUGGAAAUAUUCGUGUAAAGAAUCUGAACACGUCAAAAAUUACUUACAUCGUCAGCCAAGGCCUGUGGAAGUUGGCCUUGCUACAGCUCCAGCCUGCUGUGCCAACACGCCUAGAAAUUGAGAAUAUCGAUCGGCUUUGUAGCGUCGUACUUGUGUGCGAUCGUGUUCUGUAAGACAUGUAAAUCAAUAAACCCCGGGUAUGGCCGCCCUACUUUGUGCAGCAACUGGAAGUGGGGACCUCGGCUUCUUCUCGCUUAUACCUCCCACUUUUCUAACAUUCUUUCCGUCGCUCAAGGUUUGCUCAAUCCCCUACCCCAGCAAAUUCCAGCCAACAUAUUCCCUCUAUAUUAGAAUGACUUGGUCCAAGUCAUCGUAAUCGCUUUGACUUCUGAGAAGCUUCUUGACUUCUGAGCCUUGUUGACUUUCAUUCCUGUCACCUCCGACACAAGUUUCCAUGACUUCCCUGGAUAGGACAGGCCAAGAGAUGAAUUCAACGCUUUCCUCAGUUUUUUCGAUACGUUGACGAGGAGUUUUCAAACGCAGUUCCGAAUUGCGAACAUUGUUCUCGAGUGUGGUGAUUUGAUAUAUGACUUGAUCUUCCCUUGCCAAGUCACUCCAGAUCAUGAUCUUUCCUCACAUGAAAUUAGC